AUGCAAUCAAUUGACGCUGCGCUUGCUGCUAUUAACGCUUUGAAGCCUAAUGAAAAACUUGUGUAUUCUCAAAUUGCAAAAAAAUAUGGUGUUGACCCAGGAACGCUGAGCCGCCGCCACCGAGGUAUUUCUCGCUCCAGACAAGCAGCUGCACAAAACCAGCAGGCAGUCCACCCACAACAUGAAGCUGAGCUUAUC